AUGUACAUCGAGGGUGAUAGUGCCAGUUAUGGUGACACGGCACGUAUCAUCAGUUCAGAGUGCGCUGACAUUCAAAAUCAGUGUCUUCAGUUUUGGUACCACAUGUACGGUUCCGGUAACACCAUGGGACUGAGCGUCUACCAUCUGCAGGGAAAUGUGGCCAAAGAGGUGUGGAAGAAGAGAGAAAACCAGGGAAACAUGUGGUACCGUGCACUGGUGGACCUGACACCAACAGGGAAGUUUCAGGUGAUCUUUGAGGGACGUAGAGGAAGCACAUCCCUGUCAGAUGUUUCCAUUGAUGAUGUCUCUCUACACAGAGGAACCUGUAAUGAUUUAACAAACCCUCCGACCAUACCACCUCCAGUCUCAUUGUCACCCACAACCCCCUCUUGCCCCAAGAACAGUCAUUACACUGACUGCAUCCCUACCUGCCAGCCUACAUGUUCACAUCUACACGGUCCACCCAACUGUGACACUGAAGAGCCAUGUGUGCCAGGCUGUGUGUGUGACGACGGCUUUGUGCUUAAACAGGGUGUAUGUGUGCCUAUCCACGAGUGCGUAUGUGUAGACAGCAAUGGCGAUAUUCACGACUUUGGUGAUGUCUGGUAUGACGGCCAUUGCUCACAGAGAUGUAAGUGUGAGGAAGAUGAUGAUGAUGGUGGGGAGAUAGAAUGCGAAGAUCAUGAAUGUGAUGAAGAUGAGAUAUGUCACAUGACCGAGGAAGGGGAUUACAGUUGCCAGGACACUGAGUUCAGCAAGUGCACAAUCGAUGACAAACCCGAGUUCAAGACCUUUGACAGCAUGAAGCACAAGUUUAAGGGCAAGGAGUCCUACGUCCUGGCCCAAAGCUUUGGCCUGCCCAGCAACAUCCCAGAAGUUUAUGUGGUCUCCAUCAACAAAAAAACCAAAGGCGAGAGCAGCGAGGAAGGCAUGAGCAGCGGCAUGAGCAGCGGCAUGGGCAGGGGCAAGAGCAGCAAGGAAGACAGCAGCAGCGAGGAAAACAAGAGCAGCAAGGAAGACAAGAGCAGCGAGGAAAACAAGAGCAGCGAGGAAAACAAGAGCAGCAAGGAAGACAAGAGCAGCGAGGAAAACAAGAGCAGCAAGGAAGACAGCAGCAGUGAGGAAAACAAGAGCAGCAAGGAAGACAAGAGCAGCGAGGAAAACAAGAGCAGCGAGGAAAACAAGAGCAGCAAGGAAGACAAGAGCAGCGAGGAAAACAAGAGCAGCAAGGAAGACAGCAGCAGUGAGGAAAACAAGAGCAGCAAGGAAGACAGCAGCAGUGAGGAAGAUAACAACAAUAAUGGUCGUAUACGUGUCAUCAGAAUCAGGGCUUAUAACCGCACUGUGGAUUUUAAAUGGGAUUUGAAAAUUACGGUAGAUGGGUUGAGCGUUCGUCCUCCUAUCUCACCUACUGAAGGAAUUAAAAUUUACGAGCGCUCUUCUCGACUCUUCCUAAAGACUGACUUUGGCCUCACUGUCGAGUUUAAUGGCAAAGGCAGAGCCGUGAUAACUCUUUCCCAUGUGUAUAAAAAGAAGAUUGGAGGUCUCUGUGGAAAUUUUGACGGCAGUAGCAAAAAUGACAUGAUGAAGCCGAACGGGGAGCAGGCAAAGAAUGUGAAGGAGUUUGGAGAGAGCUGGAGAGUGACAGACAGACGAAGGCGGUCCGCAGUGCUACAGAAAUGGCUCCUGCGCUAAAACAGACAGAAGACUGACUGCACCUGUCAUCACUACUGACCUUCAUCUACACCACAACUAACAAACUACUUUAAGUAGUUAACUAGAUAAAACUGGUCUAUGAUGUUUUUUGAUUUUUACUUUAUAUCUGGAAUUACAUAACAUAUAUAUUUCCUAACAUGCAAUGUCUUACAACAAACAGUUUUCCACUAAAACCUCUGAAUGAACAAAAACAAAAACUAACAUUCCUACGUUUGUAGCCAGGCGUAAAUGUAUGUUAGUUUAUUUGUAAUGCUUAUUUUAAUUUUCUAAAAACGUUUACGGUGGAUGAAUGUUUACUCAAAACAAAAUGUACAAUACUUUAAAGGGGACAUAUCAUGAAAAUCUGACUUUUUUCAUGUUUAAGUGCUAUAAUUGGGUGUCCCAGUGCUUCUAUCAACCUAGAAAAAUGAAAAAGAUCAACCCAGUAACUUAGUUUUGAUAAACUAUUCUCUGCAAAGAUGUUAAAAAUAGGUCAUUGAAAAUUGGCUCCCCUUGUGAUGUCAGAAGGGGAUCUUAUUAUAAUAAUACCACCCCUUAACCACGGCACUGUCAUUUAGUGCAGAGAGAGAGAGAGA